UCCUAUGGAAAGCUACAGUUCAUCCAUUGAGCAGCAGACCAGUUUGGACCGCCCAGAGCUCCCUGGUUCCAUGGAGCAGACCAGCAUGUCACGGUCUCAGUCUGCCCCCAUGUUAGAUGAUGAGCUGGGCUUCCCAGGACACGGAGGCGGCAACCAGAAUCAGUCUGGACAAAAUCAAAAACCUGCCAUUCCUCACAAGGCCUAUCAUUUUGACCAGAACUACAACCCCCAGGUGACCAUAGAUCGCAGGAUCCCUCCUCCAUUCCCUAACACACCAGAUUAUGUAAACCACUCCUCAAAAGCUAUGGAUUACUUGAGUCAACCGGGAAAGACGCUACCCAAGGAGCUUGUGAGUCCUCGGUAUCGCGCGUAUCCACCGCUGGAGAUGUUUUCAUUCCCCCAAGCCCCAAUCAACCAGGACGGCCCGUCCAGCCAGCAGCAGCAAACGAUCUCAACUCAGCGCUCCAGGCCAGGCUUUCUGAGGAGAGCCGACUCUUUGGUGAGCUCUACUGAGCUUGCCUUGUUUCGCAGAGUUCAUGAAGCCCAGCAGGAGGCGCUACAGGAAGCUCAAUACAAGCAUCAGAUGGACCCGCCUCAUUACAGUCGGGCUCUUGCCUACUCGUCCCCCAUGGAGCAUUCUGCCCUCACCAACAUGUCUGACAACCAAAAUCAGAUGAUGCACAACAAGAGAAAUGGUCGCUACGACGACGACUACACCACUUACCAGGAGCAGAAGAAGCCCAUGAUUGGUUAUCCGACCAAAAGUCUGACUCAACGUCGCCCCCUGUCUGCUAGGAGCUACAGCACCGAAACGUACGGAGCAUCUCAGGCCCGCCCCGUGUCGGCUCGCCCCACCAUGGCCGCCCUGCUGGAGAAGAUGCCGCCCGACUACACCCUGGCCACCUUCCCCGAGAAACCGUCUGAGGACACCAUCAAAGUGAGACCCGUCGUCCCGCAGAAACCCGAGGACAUCACCUCCAAGAUGCCCGCCGACUGGAGGCAGCAACUCCUCAGGCACAUAGAGGCCAAACGGUUGGACAGGACGCCGUCUCAGCAGGCUGCAAUGCUGGAUAAUGACCAGGAGGGGGUGACAGGGAGCAACCAGUGGGCUCCCUACUCACUCGGUCGAAGAGACGUUCCGCCUGAGAACCUCAUGAAAAAGGGCGGACAUUCACACAACCCCUCCCAUCAGUCACACAACACCAUGAUCGUCACCUCCACCUCCUCAUCCUCAGCCACCGUGCCUCACCGCGUUGUCGGGCAGCAGGUUUAUGACGGGAUGAUGAACAAGGGGGGCCAAUACCAACAGGGAAUGUCGCUGUCAGUGGUACCAGCAGGCGGUCCGGGCCAGUACCAAGGCAACGUCUCACAGGGCCUCCCCUCCCCUGGCCAGGCGUACCCCAGUGGCGGCCUCCCCAUGGCGCUGUCAUCAUCUGGAAACCAAUCUCAGUACAACCCCCACACCUCCCAUCAGCCGGCUACCAAUCCGCAGUACCACGUGAAUCAGGGCAUGACCCACAGCAACCAGGCCGUCAUGGCGACCCACACCAACCCCCGGCCUCAGAGCGCUCGCUGCCUGCUGCAGACUAAAGGCCAGAAAAGCACGGAUGGUUUCCAAGAGCAGCUGUGUGUGAGGAUAGAGAAGAACCCCGGCCUCGGCUUCAGUAUCUCUGGCGGCAUCAGCGGCCAGGGGAACCCCUUCAAACCCUCCGACAUGGGUAUCUUUGUUACUAGGGUACAGCAUGACGGGCCCGCCGCCUCCUCACUGAAGCCCGGAGACAAGAUACUGCAGGUAACAUCCUCCCACUCGACAUAUCGUCAGGCUACAGUCAGCAACAUCCGACCUUUUCAAAUAAUGAGGCAGCAUAUUCAGCAGGACAUAGCACAGUUUUCCAUUCAAAGAUGGGAUGGAAUCUCAUCUUAGUAGCAACAUACAGUGCCUAAAGUCACGUUGCAAAACUGCUAGCCAACGAUAACUCCCAUUGGUUUUGGCUAAAAUGAGCUAAAUCUUAAAUGUGUACGUGAUAUGAAAUUGUCAACACUAAGACAAGUAAAUGACAAGGUCAGGAAAAAGUUUUAAUUAAAAA